AUGUGUCUUUUCUUAUUGAUAUUUUUCAGGGUUCCACCUGUUAAACUUGUGGAACAAUCACGGGUCAUUGCAGCAGCAGCAGCUAUAGAAACUGCUCCUAAUAGCAACAGUUCCGUGGAUGAAAACAAUAAUAAUGCAGCAGUUAAGGGUCACUCCAUAUUUGUUGGAAACUUGCUUGAUACUGCAACAGUUGGACAACUUAAGGUGGUUUUUGAGCAAUUUGGGCCUAUUAAACCAGAUGGCAUUCAAGUUAGAAGUCAGAAGCAAACAGGGAACUGUUUCGGUUUUGUAGAAUUUGAAUCUACCAGUUCAGUGCAAAGUGUGCUCAAGGCUUCUCCUAUUUCAAUUGGCAAUCGAAGAGCUUCCAUUGAAGUAAAGCGAGGUUAGUGGAAGUUCCAAAAAUCCAUCUUCGGCUCUGACAAUCACACCUCUGUCGAUUCACUCGCUCUCCAUCUCACAUGCCACUGCUCUAUCACCUCCUCCAUGCGACACCACAAUCACCUCCAGAUGCGUCACCGUCGUCCUACUUCCG